GCAGUGGAUCUGAGCCGCAAUACCGCCGGUUUCCAGUAGAGGUCAGCAGCCGGCCAGAGACUCCGGGAUGGGGAUGUGGGCGUGCCCUCAGUGAUACGGAGCGCAGCGUCGUCAGUGAUUGGUGUACGCUGUGGCCACGUCUCUCCCGCGUGAUGUCACUGUCAUGGCGGCGCCCUGUGCAGCGGCGGAGUGAGGAGGAGACCGCCGGGGGUUAGUGUGAGCUCAGUCACCUGACUAUGGAGAACUAUAAGAAGGUGAGAGUGGAGGAGAAGCCCGUAGAGCGGCCCUUUGCUGUCCUCUCACCAGACAUCAUUGAGAUGAAGGUGAAAGAUGGCAGCAAGAUCCGGAACCUGAUGGGCUUCGCUAUAAGCAAGAUGGAGAGUGAGAGUGUGCGGCAGAUAAUGUUCAGCGGAACCGGGAAGGCCCUCAGCAAGACCAUCACCUGUGUGGAGAUCCUGAAAAGGACCGUAAAGGAUCUUCACCAGAUCACAAAGAUCCUUUACAGACCAACUGAAGAGAUCUGGGAGCCGAUCGUGCCCGAGGUGGGGCUAGAUCCUCUGACGGUGAAGAGGAACAGACCCUCUAUCUGCGUUCUGCUGAGUAAAGACCCCCUUGGUGCCACCGAACCUGGGUACCAAGCCCCAGGCAACUAUGACUCCCAAUGGAUCCAGGAACUGAAAGUGGAGAACCAGGGGCCAAAGCGGAGGAGACCAGGGGUGGGUAGAGGGGGGGCAAAUGGAAGGAAGCUGCCUAGACCCUCUGGAGGACGUGGGGAGGUGCAGAAGAAUACCUAGGGUGGGGGACAGAAACGUAGGGUGUUCCCGGGUGUAUUUAUUACUAAGCUGCACCAUAUGUACAUGAAAUCUUGUUCUGAUGGUGACCAUUGAUGACACAAAUGGGACACCCCUGUUAUAUUAAACCUCAUGUGACCUCUCCGACAUCAUGUACAGCCCUUAUCAAAAACCACACAAGUUUAUUUCUAUAUUUUUAUUAAAGUAUUUGGAAACAAAAUGUAUUUUGUGGGGAUUAUAUAGAUUCCAAUGUGUGAAAUCUUCGCCUGUAGAUCUGGCUGUUUCCUUAGCAGUAUCUUCAGGACCAGGUGUACCUUUGUCUCUGAUGUGGCAAUGUGCACCAACUAACUGCCGAUCUCAUCUCACAAUAAAUGUGUAUUUUCUUACAA